AGGUGGCUCCCGAGCAAGCCAAGGAUAAACACGUAGACGGUCCACAGGCGAAACUAAUAUUAAAUAUUAGGAGGUAACGGUGGUGUGGUUAAAAUGGACUCGCUGGUAAAAUAUACUGGUUUUAGCGGAUAAGAAGCAUCGUUGAAUCACCGGAGGAGCAAGUCUCAGACGACAGGUUGCAGCCUCUGCAUCUGAAGCCACGAUGGUGCGAGCAGCCUUGGUGACUGCCACCAGCCUGGCUCUGACUGGAGCUGUGGUGGCUCACGCAUACCUGCUCAAACACCAGUUCUACCCAACGGUGGUGUACCUGACUAAGAGCAGCCCCAGCAUGGCGGUGCUGUACAUUCAGGCGUUUGUUCUGGUGUUUCUUUUGGGAAAGUUUAUGAGAAAAGUGUUUUUUGGGCAGUUGAGAGCUGCUGAAAUGGAGCAUCUCAUUGAGCGCUCCUGGUAUGCUGUAACAGAGACGUGUCUGGCCUUCACUGUGUUCAGAGAUGAUUUCUCCCCUCGUUUCGUUGCCCUCUUCACCCUCCUGCUGUUCCUGAAGUGCUUCCACUGGCUGGCCGAGGAUCGGGUGGACUUUAUGGAGCGGAGUCCAAAUAUAUCCUGGGUUUUCCAUUUAAGAGUUUUAUCUCUUCUUGGACUGCUGGCAGUCAUGGACUUCUUGUUUGUCAACCAUGCCUGUCACAGCAUCAUUAAUCGAGGAGCUUCUGUUCAGCUGGUUUUUGGAUUCGAGUAUGCCAUCUUGCUCACCAUGGUCCUGACAACCUUCAUCAAGUACAUUCUGCACACUGUCGACCUGCAGAGUGAGAAUCCCUGGGACAACAAGGCUGUCUAUAUGCUCUACACAGAACUCUUCACAGGAUUCAUCAAAGUUCUUCUGUACAUUGCCUUCAUGACCAUCAUGAUAAAGGUUCACACCUUCCCUCUGUUUGCCAUUCGCCCCAUGUAUCUGGCUAUGAGGCAGUUUAAGAAAGCAGUAACAGAUGCUAUAAUGUCUCGCAGAGCUAUUCGCAACAUGAACACACUAUAUCCUGAUGCUACUCCUGAAGAUUUGCAGGCCUCGGACAAUGUUUGCAUCAUUUGUCGAGAGGAAAUGGUCACCGGAGCCAAGAAACUACCUUGUAAUCACAUUUUUCACUCCAGCUGCUUGCGCUCCUGGUUCCAGAGGCAGCAGACGUGUCCAACCUGUCGUAUGGAUGUCCUCCGAGCCACCAACAACAAUCAGACUCAGGCUCCAGCAGCACAGGGUCCACCCCCUGCCCCUGCAGCCCCUGCCAAUGCUCCAGCAGCUGCCCCAGCCCCAAACGUAGCUCCAGGCAUGUUGCCAGGCUUUCCUCCCGGUAUCUUCCCUUUCUGGGGUCCUUUUCCUGCCGUGCCCAACCCUGCUGAAGCAGCUGCAGCUCCUGGUGCCCCUGAGCGUCCGCAGGGCAGCACCGAGGCAGCACAGACAGGAGCCACUCCGCCCACAUCUGCCACCACAGACACAGCCAUAUCUGCAGCAGCAGCAGCUCCAGGGUCAGCAAUCCCCGGGUUUCCUUUCUCCUUCCCACCUCCUCCCUUCCCCACUGCGCCAUGGCUGCCCAUGCCACCACCUCCUCCCUUCGUGUCAUCAAUGCCUCCGCCCCCUCCAUCUCUGACUCGGCUGUCGGAUGAGGAGCUGAGGGAGUUGGAGGCAGAAGGGCGGCGGGGCCUAGAGGCCCGGCUGCAGUGUCUCCAGAACAUUCAUACCCUGCUGGAUGCUGCAAUGCUCAACAUCCACCACUACCUCAGCACUGUCGCUACACUCAACUGACGAGGUGGGAGGAGCCACAGUUUCCUCUCAGCCUGCUGACUCCACCUCCUGUGCACCGGACAGCGAAAGAAAAGAGGACCUGGAUGAAGAGGUGCUGGAGGAUGAGGGCGGAGAGCCGAGCAAGGCUGAACUAAGGCGGCGCCGACUUCGCAAACUAGAGACAGCAUCGUCUUCAUCCCCCCCUCCUCAGGACGACUGAUCCCUGGGUAGUGACUGGGAGGUAUUGCUCUGAACCAUCAGGACCUUUGAGAGGACUCACAGCUGCUUUGGUUCUGUGUUGCCUCGCUGCCCCGUGGCUGUGGUUUCUGACAGUGUGGCAUUGGACUCAGGCCAACGGAACAUGCUGCUGAAUUGUUUGUGUGACACAGCAGUAGUAUCUUUUUGUCUUCAGUUUUCAUCGAUGUUUUGCCCAGAAUGAACGACUGCAGUAGCAGGUAUUUGUAAGUUCAACAGGUUCGUCUCAACCCUGUCAGUGUGGGAGAGGCCUUGUUUAGAUGUUUCUUAGUUUCACUGUUAACCUGCAUAUUUUGCUUAAACUGUUGACUUUUUACAUCAACAUGUUACACAGUAUACAGAUCAUUUACUAAACUAAUUCAGUUCAAGGGAAACAAUCAGUUAUUUCUGCUUUUCUACUCGACUCUUCAGUUUCCUGGGAUUCUACCUGCUGAUGCUGUAACACACUGACUGAGUGGAACCUGUACAUAUUGUAAAGAGUUUUAAUAGGAUGAAGGUGCAGAGUAGACUGAAGUGACGGCAACAAUGUGUGUGAAUGCUGGCCGGCUGAAGCCACAGCUCUUGUUUUUAGCGCUUUGUUGUUACCUUUGAUUUAAAGGUUUGCCUGGUAAAUUAAAACUCUUUCAUUUCAAUUGUC